AAUUAUUACAAGUAUCACAUGAUACAGCUUUAAUCGGCAACGAAUCACGGCGACUAUCAUGGGCUAUCGUGGAUUAUCCCCACCCAAACAACAGAUUUAGUACAUCAGCCAAGUAGUGGAGCAGCUUAGUCGAUUGGCGACUCGCGAAACAGGAAAAUCCCGGACUCCGAUCCAUGAGAGAGAAAAGAGAGAAGAGGAGGAGAAGAGAAUAUCUAACGAAGCAAUUUCAAGAUUGGCUGGUGGAGAGUUAUCACUGAUAUCACAAAUAAACAUGAUGUUUAUUGGCUCGUUUAUCCUUUUUCUCGUUUUAACAACAAUCAAUGCACAAAAUGAAUGCACGGAUAGAAGUGCUAAUUGCAUCAAUAUUCGUAAUUGUCCGGAGGUUAUAGCCCUCUUGACGGGUCCAAGACCGCUAUCGACACAAACGUUGCAGACCCUCAGAAACUUGCAAUGCGGCUUCGAAGGCCACUACCCGAAAGUUUGUUGCAGCCAGGCAACAAUUACUACGACAACGACGGCGCCGACGACGAGAACGACGGCGUCGACAAGGACAACGACACCGACAAUGACAAUGACGCCGACGACGACAACGACGGCGUCGACAAGGACAACGACGCCGACAAUGACAACGACGAGGACGACGACGACGACGACGACGCCUCCGACAACAGCGGUCCCAAAAGAAGAUACUAAAGAAAAUCCGCCGGAUGUGACAAACCAUCCGAAUCUACGUUUUUUGAAUGAAUUUUGCGGGUCUAUUACCCGAUAUCCAUUACUUAGCAAUACAACUGGAAUCUUUGAGUAUCCAUGGAUGGCAUUGAUCGCAUACGAAAGCAACGUAACCCUGAAGGCUCCGGAGUUCUUUUGUACCGGCACCGUCAUCUCCAGGCGCUACAUUCUCACCGCUGCUCAUUGCGUCACGUCACUUCCAAAAGAUCUCAGACUGGUAAGCGUAAGGGUAGGAGAUUAUGACAUAACCAAGGAACUUGACUGUGAAAUGGUCGGGGUUGAUAAAGUGUGCUUAGACAAGUAUCAGGAAUUCGGCGUGGAUAGCUCUUACUCCCAUCCAGGAUACACUAGAGCGGAGCUGAAGAAUGACAUCGCGCUUAUUAGAUUGAAUGGCACCAUGAACUUCAAAUCGGGGAACGUCAAGCCUAUUUGUUUGCCCCUCGGUGCUGCGGCGAGAGCGACUCUUAGCAGGGCAGUGGUGACCGGCUGGCGUUUGGCAGAGUAUGAUCGGCGCAGCGCAUUCCUCCUGCACGAAAAGCUGCCGGUGGUUUCCAACGAGCAGUGUAAAGAAAUAUAUAAGCCGUCCAAACAGGUCUGGCACAAACAACUGUGCGCCGGUGGUCGAAUAAACGUGGACUCCUGUCUGGGCGACAGCGGCGGACCUCUGCAGGCGCCCGGUAUAUACAACGGUACGUCAGUGAAAAUGAUCCAGUACGGUGUGGUCAGCUACGGGUUGAUGCCAUGCGGUGUCUCGGGUAUUCCCGAAGUCUACACCAACGUUGCCUACUACAUGGACUGGAUCCUCGACACGUUAACGGAUUAAAACGUGACUGAAGCAUUAUGGAAUGCAAGUCUUUCACCUGUUUGAGACGUAAAUGAGAUCGAUAUCCGGAUCGCGAUGAGAACAAGAUUAUAUGUAAAUUUCGCGAGGUGAUUGAGUAAAUAAAAUUGAAUUAGAAAAACCGACAGAACGAAUAAAAUUUCGCAACAGUAAAAAUAUUUGUAACGCUUGCAAAAGUAAGCGAUUUAAGCAUUUAAAAAGAUGAUCUGAUGAAGAGAUACUGUUAAUGUAUAUUUUUAAUUAAUAAAGAUAGCUGUUGUUAAAAAAA